AUGAGGGGGAUGGUGGCUACCGAGCUCGGGCUUUGCCUGCUGCUCCUCUGGUGCGGCUUCUCUAGGGGUCGCGUAGGGCUGCGCGUUUACUUGAGCAGCUGGGCUGUGCGCGUCCCUGGAGGCGUGCAAGAAGCGCAGCGCGUGGCGCGCAAGCAUGGGCUGCUCUACAUGGGCCAGGUGAUCGAAGGGGGAGACUAUUACCACCUUGAGCACCGUGGUGUGAAGCAACAGUCUUUAAUUCCGCACUGGGGUUGGCACGUGUGUCUGAAGAAGGAGCCCACGGUCCAUUGGUUUGAGCAGCAGACUUUGAAGAGACGGUCACGGAGGACAGUUGCAGCGGUACCCACGGACCCUUGGUUCCAGAAACAGUGGUAUAUGAACAAUGAUGUGACGCCAGACCUCAAUGUGCUGGCUGCCUGGAGCAGAGGCUACACGGGCUCGGGGGUGGUGGUGAGCGUCUUGGAUGACGGCAUCGAGAAAGACCAUCCGGAUCUGGCAGUCAAUUACGAUCCCUUGGCAAGUUACGAUUUUAACGACAACGAUCCGGACCCUCAGCCGCGCUACGAUGUUUGGGAUCAGAAUCGGCACGGAACUCGCUGUGCUGGAGAGGUGGCCGCUGCCGCCAACAAUGGCAUUUGUGGAGCUGGCAUUGCAUACAGAGCGAAAAUUGGGGGCGUGAGGAUGCUGGACGGGCCUGUGACGGACAUUGUGGAAGCCCGGUCCUUGAGUCUCCGUCCCCAGCACAUCGACAUCUACAGCGCCAGCUGGGGCCCGGAGGACGACGGGAAAACGGUGGACGGCCCAGGGACUCUGUCCCUGGAAGCCUUCUACAAUGGGAUCGUCAACGGCCGUGGUGGGCUGGGCUCACUCUUUGUCUGGGCCUCCGGCAAUGGCGGCCACCGCUAUGACAACUGUAACUGCGACGGUUACACCAACAGCAUCUACACCCUGUCGGUGGGCAGCACGACGGAGAGCGGGCGGGUCCCCUGGUACAACGAGGCCUGCGCUUCCACCCUCACGGCCACCUACAGCAGCGGGGGGAAGGGGGAAAAGCAGAUCGUGACAACAGACUUGCGGCGCAGAUGCACCAGUGAGCACACCGGCUCCUCCGCCUCUGCCCCCCUCGUGGCCGGUAUGAUCGCUCUCGCUCUGGAGGCCAACCCAGCGCUGACCUGGAGGGACAUGCAGCACCUGGUCAUGAGAGCAUCCAAGCCAGCCCACCUGCAGGCAAGCGACUGGGCGGUGAAUGGUGCAGGACGCAAAGUGAGUCACCAUUAUGGAUAUGGGCUCUUAGAUGCUGGAGACCUGGUCGAUCUGGCCAAAAAGUGGACACCAACUCGGCCCCAGCAAAAGUGUUCCAUCAACGUUAUCCACAAGCCACUGGCAAUCGGCUCGAGGCUGUCCGUCUCCGCCAAUGCCUCUACCUGCCACGGGGAAAAGGCUGACAUCCUGUCUCUGGAGCACGUCCAGGUGCAGCUUUCACUCAGCUACAGCCGGAGAGGAGAUUUAGCCAUCUCGCUGACCAGUCCGAUGGGUACCAAAUCCACCCUAGUGGAUGUCAGGCCUUACGAUACUAGCCGCAACGGGUACAAGGACUGGUCCUUUAUGUCCACACACUACUGGGAUGAAGACCCGCGUGGCACCUGGACCCUUCUGCUGGAGAACAAGGGAGAUGCAUACAACACAGGCUUCCUCACCCACUUUGUAUUGAAGCUGUACGGGACGGAUGAGGAUAUGUCCGCGAGAAGGGCAGCCGCCUGGGUGGUAAGCGAGUGCGUGAGGCGAGACGCUGAUGGGACCUGCCAGGAAUGCACCAGCCCCUUCUACGCUUUCCACCACCUGUGCCUCUCCUACUGCCCGCCCAGGUAUUACAACCACUCCCGUCGUUCCCGUGACCCCAGCGCUCCUUCCCGCACGGUCCAGACGUGCGCAGCCUGCCACUUCUCAUGCUACACGUGCCGUGGAGGAACAGCCAACAACUGCACAGCCUGCCCACCCUUCAGUGCCUACGAUGAGCCCACCCGCUCCUGCUCCCAGCCAAUUCGCACCUAUCUGCCCCAUGGUGGAAACCUCUUCCAUGGACCCCAGGGCCUUCUGCUCCUGAUUGCAGUGAUUGUGCUGUGUGGGGGUCCCGUCCUCCUUGGAGUCCUCUGCCUGACGCACCGCUUGUGGCAUCUCAGGGGCCCCUGGCAGAAGAGGCCAGACCCGGCUCUUGGAUCUGAGGCUGCCAUCUUGGAACUGGUCCGCUGCAACCACAUCAGCUCAGAGGAACAGAGAAAGGAACUGGGACAGCGGCUUCUUCCGUGA